CUCCGAUACUUUUCCUGGAUGUCACGAUAAACCAUGGAUGAGAAGGUCUCCUCGUUGAUGGGUGUUAGCUCAUUGAAGACGAGAAUAAGCCUCCCCUUCAGGCUGUUGAUCGCAAGAGUGGGGCUCGUAUUGUGUGUGCUUGGUCUCGUGCUCUGGCGGUAUGGGUCUUUGUGGGAGGAUACCAAAGCAUUAGGAAGACAGCUUGGACACUGUGGACAAGUUGUGGACUUGAAAAGUAUCGGCGUGCAGAGCUGGAGUGAAGUCAAGCCAUCGAGCAACUUGGUAUGGUAUCGGUGCUAUGACGAGUACGACUGUGCAAAGCUUGAGGUUCCCCUCGACUGGCUAGACGAGUCUGAUCCUCGACGAGCAACCAUUGCAAUGAUACGGUACAACGCUACAGACCGUUCAGACUACAAGGGCCCAGUCUUCAUCAAUCCCGGCGGCCCUGGAGGCUCUGGCAUCUGGUAUGUGAAGCACCUUGCGCCCUACUACCAGUCUGUUGUGGGCCGCAAUCAUGAUAUCAUCAGCUUCGAUCCUCGAGGUAUUGGUAUGACACUUCCAAGCGUCGAUUGUUGGAACAGCACCUACAGCAGUGUAUCCGCUCUUCUAUGGGAGUUACAAGAUCCACCGAAUGUCGAUGCACACCCCGGAUCUGUGUAUGAUGCUUAUGCGUAUGCUGCUGCAUUCUCUCGCCACUGCGCAGAUAACAUCGGCGAUAUAGGACGAUUUGUCAACACACCAAAUGUGGCCAGGGACAUGCUUCAGAUGAUCGACAAGCUCGGAGAGGACAAAUUACAGUAUUGGGGUUUCAGUUACGGAACAUUCUUGGGAACUACAUUCGCUGCUUUGUUUCCGGAUAGGGUUCAAAGAUUGGCUCUAGAUGGCAAUGUCGAUGCAAAGGAAUUCUCUUCUGGUGCUGGAACACAUUUCCUCGAUGACACAGACGCAGUGAUGAAUGCAUUUUACAGACAUUGCCAUCGUGCAGGCCCUUUACUCUGUGCUUUCUAUGCCAACAACCCAGAAGCCAUCGAAGAACGUCUCAAAAAUAUUCUCGCAGACCUCAAAAUUCACCCCGUCAUCGUCCCAUCUUCUCCUUCUUCAAAUCCGCGACCUGAAAUUGUCUCAUAUUCCAAAGUACGACGAAUGAUAUCAGCAGCACUUUAUAGACCUCUAGUCGUCUUCCCAUCCCUUGCUGAAGCUCUCACGGCUCUUGAAAAUGGCGAUGGCCGACCAUUCGUUGAUCUCACCUCGCAAGGAGGCGAAGAACUUCCACUGUGCGAAAAGCAGUAUGAUUCUAAAGAUGGUGACCCUGAGUCACCAACACCAGAGGUGCCCGAAGCAGAAGGAAAUCGGGAUGCGACCAAGGCCAUUAUGUGCACAGAUGCCAGACCUGCAGAAGGUGGAGUUGAGGGAUUCCGCAAUUAUGUCGAUACACUCGCAGGGAUGAGUAAAGCUGCUGGUACCACAAUGUCCAACAUGUGGAUGGGGUGUGUGGAAUGGGGUAUUAAGGCAAAGUGGCAAUUCCGGGGUCCAUAUGAAGGCAACACAUCGCAUCCCAUCCUGUUCAUUGCAAAUACAGCUGAUAACGUCACACCUCUUCGAAGCGCUCUCAACAAUGCCAAGGGAUUCCCAGGCUCCGUCGUGAUGGCACAAGAUUCAUACGGGCACACAACUCUUUCGAUGCCAUCUCGCUGCAGCGCUCUGAACAUACGAAAAUACUUCCAAACUGGUGAACUUCCUACGCCCGGGACAAUCUGCGCACCUGAUUAUCUUCCUUUUGAGCGUUGGGAUGUGACAAGCUCCUUAUCUGGUACGACCGACGAGGAACGAGAACUUAUCACCUUGGAUCAAUCCUUGUUGAAGUUGAUGGAGGCGCCCGUUCUGGCUCUCGGGCACUGAAAGACGGAAGGAUAUCAACAUGGAAUUCAUGACUAACGAUGGGCGUCAUUUUUGUACUUGUCAUGACUUGAAGCAUAGAAGAGCGGGAUCAUGCAUUAACUGGAGCUAGGAGGAGAGAAUUUGCUACGUCUUACGAUACCACUUGUUACCCUUAGCUCCCAUAGACGAAAUAAGAUGAG